AUGCCUGGGCUCACGGAGGCGCACAACGCCUCCGGGUGGUGCAACCACAGCCGGGAUUACGCACCGCCGGACUUCCGCUCCGUGCUGCCUCACGACCCGGUGGUCGUGCUGCUGAUCAUCGUUUUGGUUCUGAUGACUCUCUUCUCGAUAGUCGCCAACGUGCUGACCCUGCUCAGCAUCGGCAGCACGGACGACCUGACCUGGCAGCCGCGCUUCACCUUCUGCCGGAACCUGAUCAUCAGCGACCUGCUCCAGACCCUCACCUUCGGUCCUCCGGUCAUCUACCUGCUGGCCAAUCGCCAGACGAUGCCGUUCGGCUUCUGGUGCUACGCCCAGUACUUCGUCGGGGGGGUCAGCAUCUUCUGCAGCCUGGUGACCAUCACCUGCAUGGCUCUGGAGCGCUACCUGUUCAUCUGCUACGCGCUCCGGUACGCGGUCAUCCUCACCGACCGGCGCCUGCGCGCGGCGCUGGCCCUCAUCUGGCUCUACUCCGUGGCCGUGACCACCGCGGCCGUGGCCGUUUUGCUGCUGGAACCGGGGGAAGAGGGCGGCGACGCGCGCAUGUUCUCGCUCCUGUGCGAGCCGGACACGCUGGAGAAGCACCUGGGCUCCCCGCGCGCCUCCGUCCAGUUCCGGAAGGCCAUCGGCAGCCUGACCCUGCUGCUGUGCGUCCUGGCGCACGUCUUCUCCUAUCACAAGAUGUACAGGAUGGGCGUCCGGGCCGUGGCCCCCUUCAAGGCGGCCAACGUGAAGGCGCGCAACACGGUGGGCUUCUACUGCGCCAUGCUGCUCCUGCAGCUGCUGCCGGCCAUCUCGAAGGUCACGGCCGACGCCGUCCGGGAUCUCGGGGCCAUGGAGACCCCCGGGUCACCCUCCGAACCGUGCGGCGCGGAGCCGGCCCUGUCCUCCGCGGCGGCCUUCCUCCACGUCGCCUUCCUGGUCAGCCUCCAGGUGCCGCCGUGCAUCAACCCGCUGGUCUACGGCGUCAAGAACGUGGAGAUCCGCCGGGCGCUGUCCAAGAUGUUCCGCUGGCGCCCCGCGGACCGGUUCCGCGUCCAGGCCCCGGCGGAGGGGAUAAGGAUGAGGAGCAUCGCGAAGUAA